AGGUACCUUGCCGCUUUCAUGGCUUAUUUAUUACAAAGAAAUUGCCGCAACAAUAUAUAUUCGGGCGAAGAUUGCUCACCUCUAUGGUCCCAAAACAAAAACAAAAAACAUAGAUUUUGUUGUUGCACGUUUCUUCGUUUGUUUUUUUUGUUUCUCUUCCUUCUCUUAUUCCUUGUUGUUUCCAUGUCUUCUCUUUCUUUUAUGGAGAAUCAAAGUUGAAGAGACAGAGGAUAUAGAGUUUUGCAUUCUUGACAGGAACAAAGAAGAGAGUUUUUUUUUUGGCAUGAUUUUGGUAUUGCAAGAGAGAAGAAAAGGAAGAUAAAAGUUUUAGGGGUUUGAAAACAUGUUGCAAAGAGCUGCUAGCAAUGCAUAUUCAUGGUGGUGGGCUAGUCAUAUCAGAACAAAACAGUCAAAAUGGAUGGAACAACACCUUCAAGAUAUGGAGGAAAAAGUAGCGAAUGUGCUUAAACUCAUUCAAGAAGAUGGAGACUCCUUUGCCAGGAGAGCAGAAAUGUACUAUAAAAAGAGGCCAGAACUGAUACAUUUUGUGGAAGAAUCUUACAGAGCUUACCGUGCCUUAGCUGAACGGUAUGAUCACAUAUCAAAAGAGCUACAAAAUGCAAACAACACAAUUGCUUCUGUUUGUCCAGAGCAAGUCCAGUUUGCAAUGGGUGAUGAAGAUGAAUAUGGCUCACCGAGAUUCCCAAAGAAGUUUUCAGAAAACUCGAAAGGCAAUAGCCCCAAGGUUCCAGAGCUUCCUGUCAAGGAUUUGGAGGGUUUAAUAAAAUCAGCCACGAAGAAAAUGCAACAUAAGAAAUCAACAAAAGCCACAAUGACUGCAGUUCCUAAAUCUGGUUUGAACAAGGCUGAGGGACUUGAGGAGAUUGACCGGCUUCAGAAACGAAUCCUGGCGUUUCAGACUGAAAAAGAGUUCAUUAAGAGCUCUUAUGAGAGUGGGAUGGCAAAGUACUGGGAAAUAGAUAAUGAGAUAAAAGAAAUGCAAGAGAAAGUUUGCAGUUUGGAAGAUGAAUUUGGUGAAGUUCGAUUCAUUGAAGAUGAUGAGGCUCGAAAUGUGAUGGCAGCAACAGCUCUAAAAUCAUGCAAAGAGACAUUGGCUCAGCUGCAAGAGAAACAGGAGAGAUCAGUCAUGGAAGCAGAAGUAGAGCAGAAAAGGAUCAAGGAUGCCAGUAAGAAGUUGGACUCUCUCAAGAACAAGUUUCUUUUAAACCAAGUGAGUCAAGAAAAACCAUCUGCUGGGGAUGAAUCCGUAAUAGCAGUAGAAAAGUCUAAAAGGUUAGAACAAGUAAGUGAUACUACCCAAAAGAGAAAGGACAUGGAGUCCUUAAGGAAUAAGAUAAAGGAGCACUUUGAGGUUAGCCUUGGUGAAUCUUUGACUAUGACAGAAAUGGCGGAGAAAAUUGAUGAACUUGUGAACAAGGUGAUCCACUUAGAAACUGCAGUCUCAUCCCAGACAGCUCUUAUCCUGAGACUUAGAACAGAGAUUGAUGAGCUUCAAGCCCAGAUUCUGACUUUGGAAGCUGAUAAGGCCACACUGGUUGAUGGAAAAAAUGAUUUAAGGAACAAGCUAAGGGAGAUGGAGGAGAAGUUGCAUGGGAUUCAGGAUUUGAACCAAAGCGUUGAAGACCAAAACAACAAUCUCCAAACUCAUUUCACUGAAGCACAUUGUAAUCUUGAUCACCUUUCCGAGAAAGUGCAAACUGUAAAGCCAGAUGAAGAGCUUGAAAGAGAGAAGAGCUCUUCUUUGGAAGUCAAAUCCUCAAAGGAGAUCACAGAUCUCAAUGAGAAGCCGAAGAAGGUCAAAGCAGGCAAGGAAUUUGAGGUAACUGAUGCAUCAGAAAGAGAGAAGUCUCCAGACGAAGUCAAAUCCCAAAAGGAAUCUGAAGAGCAAGAGAUCAGAAGUACGGAUCCAAGUGAUAGCUGCAAAAAUUUGCAGUGUGCAAAACCAGAAGAGAUGGUUGUAGCCUCAGGUUCUUUACAAAAAGAGGAGGACUAUCUGGUUAAAGUCGAAUCACCAAAAAAGUCAGAAGAAAAAGGAGAAAAACUUGAUGGUUUUCCAAAGGGUGGGGAUGUGAAAUUAGGAGGGAGGGAGGAUCCAGAAGAACAUGACUCUGUUACAACUUCUACAAAUGGAGGCGUUAGCCAUGAAACUUAUAAACCUUCAGAGAAUUGUGAAGACCUGAUAGCAGAGGACAAAGUUGAUCAGCAAACUUCGUCACAGAUAGCGGAUAUUCUUGCCAAGGUUGAAUCAAAAGAACAGGAAAGAGGGCAACAGGAUGAGCCAGACUGGAAGCAGUUGUUCUUGAAAGGUAUGGAAGACAGAGAGAAGCAUCUACUGAUGGAAUAUACUACAAUGUUUCGGAGCUACAUGGACACCAAGAAGAAGCUCAUGGAAGUAGAGACAAAUAACCAGAACAGCCUGUUUGAGAUAACAUUGCAGCUAAAGGAACUGAAGAGCAAUAAUACUAUGAAAGAUGAAGAGAUUAGAUCCUUACGACAGAAACUAAGCCUUCUCCAAGCAGGUCUUGGUGAAAACAACAAUACUGAUCAAUAUGUUGAACCUAGAGUAAGUUCAGAGAAAUCAAUAGUGACUGAAACCGAAACAACUGCGUCAUCAGAGAAAGUGAAAGAAGACAUCAGAGUGAUGCUAAUUAACCACUGUCAAACUACUUCAGCAAUUGAAGAAAAGUUCCGGAUAAACAUUGAUGAAUUGCUCGAAGAGAACUUGGAUUUCUGGUUUAGAUUUAGCACUGCCUUGCAUGAGGUAAAGAAAUUUGAAACUGGAGUGAAAGAUUUAGAUGCUGAGGUAUCAAAACUUGAGGAAAGACAGAACCAAGGUGGAUGUAGCUCUGCAAAAUAUUCACUAAAAUCAGAUGCACGGCCAUUAUACAAACAUCUGAGAGAAGUGCAGAAUGAAUUGACUGUCUGGGUGGAAAAAAGUUUAUUACUAAGAGAAGAACUGAAGAACCGAUUUUCAUCUUUGUGUGACAUUCAAGAAGAAAUAACAAAGGCUUUGAAUGCAAGUGCUGAAGACAAUGACUUCAAGUUCACAAGUUACCAAGCAGCAAAAUUGCAAGGUGAGAUUUUGAACAUGAAACAAGAGAAUAAUAAGUUGCAGAUGAACCUGCAAGCCGGUUUAGAUCUUGUAAUAACACUACAGCUUGAAGUUGAGAGGACUCUGGCAAAGUUGACUGAAGAUUGGGGACUUUCUGGAUCUUCUGGAUCCAAAAGCCGUCAAAGUAGCCAACCGCAAAACUCAGAUAGUCGGUCUGGAGUUCCGUUGAGUUCAUUUAUCUUUGGUGUCAAACCAAAGAAGCAAAGGACAUCCAUUUUUUCCUGUGUACACCCUGCACUGUAUCGGAAGUACAAUGGUUUACGAUCAGGACGUAGUAGCAGCAGGUGAACUGAUUGACAUGUUUUCUGUUGGCUGUAGAUGUUUAAUAGUCUGUAAUUGUCAACAUGAGAGGACUAUUUUGCUUGUAUGUAUUCUUCAUUC